AUGGCAGAUGGCCGCAUUUCAGUGUCACAGGAUCAGUUUACCUGCUCGGUAUGUUUGGAGAUCCUGAAGGACCCUGUCUCUAUCCCAUGUGGACACAGUUUUUGCAUUGAGUGCAUUAGCAAAUGCUGGGAUCAGUCAGGUGUUUACAGCUGCCCACAUUGCAGAGAGAUCUUUUCUUCAAAGCCUGUUUUGAGAAAAAACAUCAUAGUGGCUGAAAUUGUUGAUGGUAUUAAGAGAAGGCGACUUAAUUCUCCAAAAGAGAUGUGCACUAGACCUGGAGAUGUGGAGUGUGACUUCUGUACUGAGGGGAAAUUCAAAGCAGUAAAAUCAUGUUUGACCUGCGUGGCCUCUUUCUGUGAGAUUCAUAUUCAGCCGCACAAGGAGGUAACAUCAUGGAAGACCCACAAACUGGUUGAUCCUGCUGGAAAUCUUCUAGAGAACCUUUGCAUCAGACAUAAGAAGUGUUUAGAAAUUUUCUGCAGAACCGACCAGGCAUGUAUCUGUUGCCUAUGUGCAGCCACUGGGCACCGGGGCCAUGAGACAGUUGAGCCGGAGAAAGAAAGAUUUGGGAAGCAGAAGCAAUUAGAAGUUACCAUGAAAGAACUUCAGCAGAGAAUUCAAGAAAGACAGAAGAAAGUAGAGGAUCUAAAAUUGGCUAUCAACUUUGUGAAGACAUGUGCAGGAAGAGAAAUACAGGAAAGUCAAAAGAGCUUUAUUGAUCUCAUUAAUGUCAUUGAAGAAACCCGCAAGAAGGUAACUGAGCUGAUUAAAGAUAAGGAAAACAGAGAAGUGGAAAAGGUAGAAGCCCUUGUGUUGAGAUUGGAGAAGGAGAUCGAUGAUCUGAUGAGGACAGACAAUGAAAUGACAGAAUUAUCAAACACAGAUGAUCACAUUCACUUUUUACAGACCUUCCCGUCUCUUUGUGUUCCUGCUGGAGAUGGAGACACACCCUGUAUAAGUGCCCAUACCGGCUUCUCUUUCGAGGAUUUGAGGAGGGAGCUUUUCUGCCUGAAAGAACGUCUGGAAGAUAUCAGCAAUUGGAUGAUCCUGUCUGUAACUUGA